AUGGAAGAUCUUCAACGUGGCUCGACUAUUCGUCGUCUCAUUUCAUCAUGUAUAAAAGAUGAUUAUUACAUAUCAGCAUCAUUAAUUCAUUUGUAUAUGCAGUGUGGUGAUAUAACAAAUGCUCAAUUAUUAUUUGAUACAACAAUAACAAAAAAACAUUAUCAAUGUUAUAUAAAAAAUAAUCAACCAAAUAAAGCAAUUGAUCUUUUCAAUGAAAUUAAAAAUCCUAAUGAAAUUAUUAUAAAUCUUUUAUUUAAUGCUUGUGCUCAACAGAAGAAUCAUUAA